AUGGCACACAAUCAGUCUGCCGAUGCCCAGCGACUCUACGACGGCAGAUCCGCCACCUACGACGACUCUUGGCACGUUCGCUUUGCCAGACACAUGGUGGAGAUAGCAUCGCUCCAGCCUGGCCAAAAAGUCCUCGAUCUCGCCUGUGGAACGGGUCUUGUCACUUUCCCCGCUGUUGACGCCGUCGGCUCAUCUGGCACGGUGAUUGGGGUCGACAUCAGUAGUGGCAUGCUUGCUCAAGCGGAGAAGAAACUUGAGAGCCAGCCGAGUGUCCGAAAUGUGGCUUUCUAUCAACAUUCAAUCACAGAUUUGGAUACGCUCGAGGUGUUGAAGCAACGGAAAGGCACAUUCGAUCUCAUCACCUGCGCUUCCGCACUCGUUCUUCUACCCGAGCCACGAGAGGCCAUCAAGGAAUGGACCAGCUAUUUGAAGCCAGGAGGCAAACUGAUCACUGACGUAACCCAUGUCCAGAGUCAGCUCACGGGCAUCACAUACGAACGAGUUGGGCGAAAGCUUGGAGUGAAUAUCCCAUGGUACAGGCUCAAUUUUGAGACGCCAGAGGAUUUUCGCGAUGCACUUGCGUACGCUGGAUUGAAAGACGUGGUGGUGAAACCUAUCGCACAGCUGGCUAUCGAAGGAACUAAUGAUCUGAAAGAUUAUUUGGCAGCUGGUGCCAGGUCCAGGCUGGAGAAAGAGUAUUCAAUCGAGGAUGCUGACAAGAUCUUCGAGGCAACUGCUGACGGCGUCGCGGAGGGUGGUCUUGGAAAGGCCGAGAUUCGAGAGCAAGCGAAGAAACUCUUCAAAGAAGUUUGGGCUAAGAUCGCUGAUGCCGAUGGCAGGGUGCGAGGCAUCGAUUGUGUCUACGUUGGCGUUGGAACUAAGCCUUGA